AUGUCUACGAGGACUGAAGCCUCCGCCAACAUGUCCAUAGCAUCGGAAACAGCGUUGGAAGAACCUAAUAAGCCCAUGAUGCCUCCUUCAUCUCAUUGCCUCACCCUUCAAGUGGACUUUGCCUGGUCAAAAUUUCGCAACACAAUAGCUUCUAAAGGCCCUGAUGGACAGCUGACGCCACUUUACAUCCAACAUUUCCGCCCCACAAAGCCACAAUUGCGCUUCGAGCGUGCAAACGAUCACAACACCAUCGCCAAAGGUACCAUUCACAGUUUCUCGAUCAGUGGAGACUGUAUAAUUCACGGCCAGGAACUCAUCUUGAAGCCGUUGAAGCGAUGGAAAACUGAGUACAACUACCUCUCGCACGCGCUCGAUGGCACACCUGUUUCUUGGAUAGCCAACAGCAGUCUGAAAGUCUGGGACUACGUGUGCGUAAACUCUAUUACCCAAGAACCUAUCGCAAAGUUCAGUGUCAAUUUGUGGGCGCUGAAACAAGUCGGAAACUUCUACUUUGAGAAGAGGGAAAAUGGGGUUCCAGAGAGCUUGAGAGACGAAGUUGUAAUCACGGGACUUACUUUGCUAUAUGUCAUGACGAUGAGGAUGAACAAUCCGGUGCAUCUGCUAGGUGCAGCAUUCGCGAAGCCAGGGAAGGCCGAGGGGGAUGGGGCUCAGGCGACGGUAUUACAGGAUGUUAGGGAGACGAAUGGUAAAUUAAAGAGUACAUGA